ACAAAGGAAGAAACCAUGGACAAUCCAGUCACUGUGAAUGAUUCUGAAAGCUCUGAUACAUCAUCCAUGUCCUCAUCCUCAACCACCAAGAAGUGCAAGCACAAAUCCAAAAAGAAGCACAGCAAAGGAGACAAAGACAAGAAAGAGCAGAAGUUUCGACAGCGUGUGAAACGCUUUUACAGCCUGUCUGUUUUAUCCUGUGUAGUACAAACAUCAAGUGAAAUUGUACGCUACUACAAAUCCAUCCUUAAAACCUUACCGAAAGCAAGGACUAUAACCAGGGCCUUCCAAAAGCAUGCCAUUGACAGGAACACUGUGGUGUCCACAUCAGUGACUGGAAAGCUCACUAUUGCUGCUCCUGAGGCAUAUGAAGAGGUACUGGCCAAGAAGCCUUGUGGAGAGACAGUGCUGGCCUUUGCUUAGCGGAGUGAGGUUGCUAUUCAAGGAGAUGAAGAUGUGAAACUUUUUGUAGAUAGAGACUUGGUAAGCAUU